CUAAGGUGCAUCAUGCCAUGCACCAUGGUGUUCCCGCCUCACCAUGCUGCACAGUGCUGCCCAUGCUGAGCUGCACCACACCGGUCCCUCGCAGUGAGGAAGUGAAGCCGGCGCGAAGGGGAAGUUGUUGGAAAGUCAGACCGGAAUGGCUGAUAGGGAAGGCAGAGCUGGGCUUGGUCGCAGAUGGUUCCUGUUGGGGAAGGACACGGGCGCAGCUGCCCGGCCCCCCCCCCUACCCACUGCAUUAUCACUGCCCGGCAGCUGUUCACCUUCCCCCUUGCCAUGGGACACGGCUCCGCUGCCACCACGGCCUCGGUCGGCACAUGAGAGGCCCUUGCGGCACUGAGGGGGCAGGACCCUGCUCGCCACCGGUGCUCAGCAUCUCCCUGCCCAGCGCGGCUCCAGCAUCGACACGUGGAGCAGGCUGGCUGUGCCGGGGUGCUGACACCCAUCCCCUGGGAUGCUCGCGGGACCCCCUAAGCCGGACGGGCACCCCUCCAGGGCAGCGGGCAGGACCAGCACAGAUAACGCGGAGACGCGGGCCGCCACCAUGCCCGACUCGCCGGCCGAUGUGAAGACGCAAUCCAGGUCCACGCCACCCAGCAUGCCUCCGCCGCCGCCGGCCGUCACGCAGGGAGCUACACGUCACCCCUCCUUCACGCCAAGCACCAAUCGAGACGCUGGCCCUCCGACGUUUCUGCCUCGCGGCCGUUUUCAUGGUUGCUUGAAAUGGUCGAUGGUCUGUCUUUUGAUGAACGGGAGCAGCCACUCACCAACCGCCAUGAACGGGGCCCCAUCCACCCCCAACGGGUUCAGCAACGGGCCGGCCACCUCCUCCACCGCCUCCCUCUCCACGCACCAGCUCCCUCCGGCCUGUGGUGCCCGCCAGCUCUCCAAGCUCAAGCGCUUCCUCACCACGCUGCAGCAGUUUGGCAACGACAUCUCCCCCGAGAUCGGGGAGCGGGUGCGCACCCUCGUCCUGGGGCUCGUGAAUUCCACGCUCACCAUCGAGGAGUUUCAUGCCAAGCUCCAGGAGGCCACCAACUUCCCACUCAGACCCUUCGUCAUCCCCUUCCUCAAGGCCAACCUGCCGCUGCUGCAGCGGGAGCUGCUGCACUGCGCCCGCAUGGCCAAGCAGACCCCGGCCCAGUACCUGGCACAGCACGAGCAGCUGCUGCUGGACGCCAAUGCCUCCUCUCCCAUCGACUCCUCCGAGCUGCUGCUGGAGGUGGGCGAGAGCGGCAAGAGGAGGACGCCAGACAGGACCAAAGAGAACGGUUUGGACCGAGACCCUCUGCACCCCGAGCACCUCAGCAAGCGGCCGUGCACCAUGAGCCCAGCGCAGCGCUACAGCCCCAGCAACGGGCUGAGCCACCCUCCCAACGGGCUGGGGCACCCUCCGGCCGCUCCCCCCUUGCCCCAGCACUACCGUCUGGAGGACAUGGCCAUGGCGCAUCACUACCGUGAUGUCUACCGGCACCCCGACCCACGGGAGCUCCGCGAGCGCCAGCGGCCCACCGCGGUGCAUGGGACGCGGCAGGAGGAGGUGAUUGACCACCGGCUAACCGACCGGGAAUGGGCAGAGGAGUGGAAACACCUCAACAAUCUGCUGAACUGCAUCAUGGACAUGGUGGAGAAGACGCGCCGGUCGCUGACGGUGCUGCGGCGGUGCCAGGAGGCCGACCGCGAGGAGCUCAACCACUGGAUCCGGCGCUACAGCGAUGCCGAGGACAUGAAGAAGGGCAGCCCCCCCUCUGCCCGGCCCCACAACAGCUCCUCCGCCUCCGAGGCACCCCAGUUAGAUGCUCACCGGGAGUUCACACCUCGGCCCCUCUCCGGGUACAUGCCGGAGGAGAUCUGGAGGAAGGCUGAAGAAGCCGUGAACGAGGUGAAGCGUCAGGCCAUGUCGGAGCUGCAGAAGGCCGUGUCGGAUGCCGAGCGGAAAGCCCACGAACUGAUCACGACGGAGCGAGCCAAGAUGGAGCGAGCCCUGGCCGAGGCCAAGCGCCAGGCUUCCGAGGAUGCCCUCACCGUCAUCAAUCAGCAGGAGGACUCCAGCGAGAGCUGCUGGAACUGCGGGCGCAAAGCGAGCGAGACCUGCAGCGGCUGCAACACCGCUCGCUACUGCGGCUCCUUCUGCCAGCACAAGGAUUGGGAGAAGCACCACCAUGUCUGCGGGCAGACUCUGCAAGGGCUGCCGGCCCCUGCUGCCCCCACUGCUGGUGUGGGGCUGCCACCAGGUCCAGGGCAGCCCGAUGGGGUGGCCACCAUCACCAGCAGCCCCAGCGAGAUGGGCUCGGUGGCUGCUUCCUGUGCCAGCACACCAGCCACCCUGGCUCUGCUGGAGAGCGCAUCCCACUGAGCCACUCUCGGACUGCCGCUGCUACCACCACUCUCCAAAAGACACAGACUGCACGCGAUGCAAUUUCUUCAGCUACCUGACUUGUGUGACCUCCAAAAUGACCUCUCUAGCUCUUCACAAAUAAUCCUCACGGAUCCUCAAACUGGGCUUUAAGCGGAGUUAAGGCAAAUGCUGGGCUUCUCUGUUCUCUCUUCAGUCUUUGUUUUGGCUUUUUUUGGUUGGUUUUCUAUCAGUUGGGGGAUUGUGGUUUGGGUAUUUUUGUUGGUUUGGGGGGGUUUUGUCCUAUUUUUUCUUUCUGGAUGAGGGAUGUGGCUGCAGCCUUGCCAUGCAGUGACAUGGGGAGAGGCCAGCUUGGUUCUGGCCCAUACUGGCACUGCCAAGGGGCUCGCUUGCAGAAGAAAAGAAACUUCUUUUCUUCAUCUCUCUCUCACUUUUUUUUUUAACCCCUUUUUCGGUUUUUUUCUUUUGUUUUUUUUUUUUUUUUUGGUAAAAAAAAAUAAAGAAAUAAAAAAGAAAACGUCGGACUCUUUGGCUUUAAGUAAGAAAUUGUAAAAAAGGAUAAAAAAAAAAAGAAAAAUCCAAAAACCAGAUGACGCCAAGUCAAGCCGCGCGACGGACGCUCACCUGUAACUACCUUGCUAGCUAGCCAAGAACAGACCAGACUCACCUCUGCUCCAAAGGAAAUCCAAAACCAAGGAAGAUCCAAACGUCUCUCCACUGCCAAAGUUCGUUUCGUUCUGUCGUCGCUCCCUUCCCCUCCCUGCAAGGCUGGAUGGACGCGCCCCUGGGGCUUUACAGAGUUUCCAUUCAAAUAAAGCAAAAAAAAAAGGGUGUUUUUAAAGCAAACCAAGUCCCCGAGCUGCGGGAGAGGGAGACGAUGGCUGAGAACCGCAGCCAGAGCAGGCACAUCUCUACCUCUGCCCGCCGCCGCCAUGGAAAAAAGAGUUAAAAACAGAGGUUAAAUGACAGAUUUUGGUUUUCUCCCUUCACGAAGCCGUUGGGGGUCACCUGCAGCCGGACCACCCCCCACCCCCUGCCCUGUUCUGACAGGCUGCUCCCACACCCCGCAUUGGAUUUAUUUCACAUGGAUUUGGAAGAGGAAGAAGGAAAGGAAAGGAAAGCGAGCACCACCUCCUUCCCGGCCGAGGAGGCAGCCAAGGACGAUGCCGGUUAUUGUGUGUUUCUUGCACCAUUGUACAAAGCGCAGAGGACGGGAGUGCAAUACGGAAAGUCGCCCGGCUCCGAGAGGAGGGAAGCCCCGCGCGGGGCAGGAGUGCUGUACGCUAAUGUGAAUGUAAAUAGUGUUUUGCAGAGGUCCAAAAAGAUGAUGAUGAUGAUGAUAAUAAUAAUAAUGACGAUAGUGAUAAUAAUAAGAGACAUUUGCCAAAUAAAGGAUGAUGAGAACGCGCUGGAGGCUGUGGCGUGGGGGAGCGAGGCUGGCCGGAGGCGAGCAGCAGUCGUGUGCUCCGUAGGAGAUGUAGUUUUUCCGCAUUUGCAAAAACCAUCCUGUGUGUUUUCUGUAGGGGAGGAAGAGGAGGGAAGGGCUUGGGGCCGGGUUGGUUGUGUUGCCAGUCACACAGGGGCCAGUGACAUGCCAUGCCACUGCAGCAGAGCUUGGCGCAUGGGGCACCACCAAGGUGAUGUUACCGGACCUGUGCAACCAGCACCGAGCCCUGCUGUAGGUUUCUGUGCGCCCCAAGGUUUCAGUGCACCUCGAGGUCUUGAUUCAUGAAGGGUUCCGUGCACCCCAAAGUCUCAGUGCAUUCGCUAGGGUGGUUUCUGUGCACCCUGAGACCUUGGUGCAUCCCCGCAAGGGGGUUCUGUGCACCUCAAGGUCUCAGUGCAUCCCUGCAGUGGUUUCUGUGCACCCCAAGGUCUCAGUGCAUCCCUGCAGUGGUUUCUGUGCACUCCAAGGUCUCGGUGCAUCCCCCCGGGGUGGUUUCUGUGCACCCCAAGGCUGGGAGCUUUCCCGGGUUGCCCCUCGAGUGACUGUUCACUUUAUUUAUGGUGUGACAUAUGUAAUAUUGUCUAUUUUUCUUACGUUUCCUGAGAAGAGGUAAUAUAUAAGAGUAUUGCAGAUGCGCCUGCUGCGGGGCCGCCUGCUCUCCCGGGUGUCCAUCCCAUCACUGCCCUUUCCACCAUGCGUGUCCCCAUGUGCCCCCAGUCCCGCUCCGUGCCGGGGCUCUGCCUCUCUACCUCCGCCUCGCCGGGAAACUGUGGACAAGAGCAUUUCCAUAGGGAAUUUCCAUUGGGAAUGCUCUCGUUUCCACCCCCUUCUGGUUUGCUUUCUUUUCUUUAAUUAUAAUUUCUUUUUUGUUGUUGUUGUUUUUUAGUAGUAAAAAUACCCAACAGAACCUUGCAUUGAAACCAAAAGCCGAGGGAGGGAUGGGAUGGGCAGUGACGGGCGGCACUAGCAGAUGUCCAAACCAGAACAACAGCUUUAAAGUGUAAUAUUUCCCAAAAACAUUAGUUUUUAGCCACAUCCCUCGCAGUGAUGUGGCUGCGGCGCUGGGGAGAUGCUGGCCGGAGCUUCUGUGGGGUUUUGCUCCAAAAUGGUGUUGGGGCAUGUGGGGGGCCAGGGGAUCUGUGCCCUGUGCCAUGCCCAAGCCAUGUUCUUUGGUGAUUCUAUGGGAUGUGGGAGGUGGUAGAGGGAUGAGCAUAGCUGGGAAUAGGGACACCCCGGUGGCUGUAGGGUAGUUUGGGGACAUGGGGGUUGGGGUGGCCGGGCAUAGUCGUCUGCUGGAUCACGUCCCUGUGGCCACCCAUAGAUCCGCUUCUUAGUUUCCUCCCCGCCAUCGCGGCUUGGGGACAGUGUUGGUGGUGUGGGGAUAGAGGUCUUGGUCCUCAUGGGGAGGCAGACCCCAGGAUGCUGGGUGCGGCACCGUGCUGGAGGAGGUGGCAGGAGUGAUGUGGCUCCAGCAGGCGAGGGUCUCUCCAGCUUCUUCCUCGCGUUCCCAACCUGAAAUCAUGGUGAAACCAAAGUGCCGCUUCCCAGCAAGGCUGGGCACCCUAGAGCAGGGUCCCACACCUGCCUGGGCUCUGCUCCAUCACUGCCAGAGCCCCCUAUAACUCCCUGCAGCUUCUCCAUGCCCUCCUCCUCUAGGGCCCGAUGGGGUCCUCUCUUCUCUUUGGGGCACUACUCUGGCUCCUGGUGGGUUUGAGGUUGGGAACAAGAUGCCACGUUGUUAUUAGGUCCCAGGCACUGUGGACCAGGUCCCAGGACCUGGGUGCCUUGGUGGCACUCCCAGGGGAUCCUCUGAUGCCACUGAAUGCCAUAGCCCCAGGAGGGAGGUGUUGUGCUGCCGUCCCCCCUUACUCAUGGCUUUCCUGCUCCCAUGCCCUGCCUGUGUGACCCUGCCAGCCCUGGGGAUGGGGAUACCGGGGCAGGGGGGGUGCCAGGGGGCUGGAAACCAGCCCCGACGCGUGGGUUUUGGGGGGUUUUGGGGGGUUUUGGGGUCCAGCCCAGAGAGAUGAUGUGGUAGGACUUUCCUUCGGCAUGCUGUCCCUCCCCCUCUCCCCCCGCCCCUUGCUGUUUCCCGCUUUCUCUAAGUGUACUGUAUGUUUGACCUGUGAAAGAUGUAAACUUUAUGAUUCAGGUUAUGUCUGUUCUUAACUCUGUAUCUGUGUAAUAAAGACAAUUUAAUAUCAA